UUCGCAGUCAAAAUCAGUCGACAAGUCAGCGAAUUGCAUUCCGGAACGGAACGAAUGUUGUUGUAAAGAUGGCGACAGCGAUUGUUAGUUCGGCUCGCAAGGUGGGGAGGCUAACAAAUGCAGCCAGGAGGUUAUAUUCAGAUGUUUAUCCAAAAAUAACCACCCAUUAUACUGUACAUCCUCGUGAUAAAGACCCAAGAUGGAAAGAAAUAAAUAUGGAGCGAGUGGCAGAAGAGACAGAUAUCCUUAUCAUUGGUGGAGGACCAGCAGGAAUGGCCGCUGCUAUCAGAGCAAGACAAAUAGCAGAAGAAAAGGGGGCUGAAGUAAGGGUUACCUUAUUAGAAAAAGCGGCUGAAAUUGGUGGUCAUAUAUUGUCUGGAGCUUGCGUAGACCCAAUAGCACUAAAUGAACUUAUCCCUGAUUGGAAGGAGAAGGGUGCACCUCUUAACACGCCUGUUACUUCUGAUAAAUUUGGUUUACUUACAAAGAGUGGUAGGAUUCCAUUACCCGUGUUUCCAGGCUUACCUAAUUACAAUCAUGGCAACUAUGUAGUAAGAUUGGGACAUCUGGUGCGAUGGCUCUCGGAACAAGCAGAGGCAUUAGGAGCUGAGGUAUGGCCAGGUUGCGCAGGCGCAGACCUCAUAUACCGAGAUGACGGUUCCCUGAAAGGAGUAGCUACGGGUGACGUGGGUAUAGCUAAAGAUGGAAGCCCCAAAGAUAUGUUUGAAAGGGGCAUGGAGUUUCAUUCAAAAAUAACUAUAUUUGCUGAAGGAUGUCAUGGACAUCUAACAAAGAUGCUUUCCAAUAAGUUCAAUUUAAGAGACAAAAGUGAACCUCAGUCUUACGGCAUUGGACUUAAGGAACUGUGGGAAGUUAAACCAGAGAAUCACAAGCCCGGUUUAGUAGAACAUACAAUAGGCUGGCCUUUAGACAAGAAUACAUACGGGGGUUCCUUUAUGUACCAUCUUAAUGUACCUGAAGGUGAAGCCCCUCUGGUAGCCGUGGGCUUUGUUGUGGGUCUGGACUAUGUCAAUCCAUACCUCAGUCCGUUUAGAGAAUUCCAAAGAUUCAAAUUGCAUCCAUAUGUGAAGCCUAUGUUUGAAGGUGGGACGCGUGUCGCGUACGGUGCACGUGCGCUGGUAGAAGGAGGCUGGCAAUGUUUGCCCGUGCCAGUGUUCCCGGGUGGCUGUCUCAUAGGAGACACAGCGGGAUAUCUCAACGUGCCCAGGAUUAAAGGCACACAUAAUGCUAUGAAGAGUGGCAUGCUGGCGGCUGAGUCUGCAAUGGAUCUGAUCCUCUCAGGCGAGGCUACACAUGAUAAAGGCAUUGUACCAAUGCUGUAUGAAGACAAACUGAAAGAAUCAUAUGUAUAUAAGGAAUUGAAGCAAGUACGUAACUGUCGUCCGUCAUUCCACACUAAGCUAGGUUUAUACGGCGGCGUCGGCUACUCAGCAUUCACCACGUUAGUCCGUGGUAAAGAACCUUGGACAUUUAGUCAUGGAGGUGCUGAUCACGCUAGAUUAAAGCCAGCUAAAGAAUGUCAACCAAUUGAAUAUCCUAAACCAGACGGAGUGGUCACAUUUGAUUUGUUAUCGUCUGUCGCUUUAACUGGUACCAAUCACGAAGCAGACCAGCCGCCGCAUUUGACGUUAAAAGAUGACUCUGUUCCAGUUAAAACAAAUCUCACAGUUUUCGAUGGUCCAGAAGGAAGAUUCUGUCCUGCAGGUGUAUAUGAAUUUGUACCAAUGGAGACUGGAGAGGGACAGCGACUACAAAUCAAUGCUCAAAAUUGUAUACAUUGUAAGACAUGUGAUAUAAAGGAUCCAUCACAAAACAUCAACUGGGUGGUGCCGGAGGGAGGCGGUGGACCUGCAUACAACGGCAUGUAAUACAUUUACAUAUUAAGUACAAUUCAGUCAUAUUAUGGAGAUUUUUUUUAGUAAAUUAUGAAUUACAUUUUGUACCUCAUAUAGUAAACUGAACUGGUGAGAGGCGCUACUAUCGCGGUUGGUUUCUGAGACCAAAAUGUCAUGCCUUUCAUUAUUUUUGACAUAACAGAAAUGAUAUGUUUUAAAUUUUGGAUUCAGAAACCCUCAGAUAUAGAAAAUGACGUUAAACAGACAGAUAAAGUACAUAUAUAAUGAGGAUUUUAUGUCAUUUGGCAUUGACAUGGGGGCGCUAGUGAGCUAAUUUAGUUUGACUUGUCUAUUGUUCCAAAAAUCUACAGCUUUCUUAGAAAAUAUGUAUACCAAUCAUUUUUUAUACUUUUUAACUUUUUACUUAUGCCCACUGGUUCAGAUAACCUUGAUCUAUACGCUUAUGUUUAUUUAAUGUCUAUUUCCACUAAGCGGUUAACGCGAUUUAUUAACAUUCGCGCCAGUGGAAAUUAAACAUGCAACUUCUUACAAGAAAUACAACUAAUCCUUCAUUUGUUAAGGAAAAUGUUUUUUUUUCUAUUAAAAAUUGAGAUCAUGUAUUUAGUUUUUUUUAUGAUUCUACAAUUUUUU